CGCGUCUCCGCUUUGCUGUUGCAGUUAGGGUUUCUUCGAGACAAGGUUUAGCAGUCCCCGACAUCUUCUGUUCAGGAAGGAUGAGGCCAAUUUUCUGUGGUAACUUUGAGUUUGAAACCAGACAGCCUGAGCUGGAAAGGCUUUUCAAAAGAUACGGGAAGGUUGAUAGGGUGGAUAUGAAGUCUGGUAAGAUUGUAACACAUGUCAAUUUUCUUUCAUUGCCACUUGUCUUAUUUCUAACCUUGUUCUGUAAAUUUUCCUUUUUUGAAUAUGAUGGACCCUGUUGGCGAGUUUAAGUUGUGGCGAUAACUUGUUACGGACACUAACCCGUGGAUUCAUGGUGUACCAUCUCUGAUAUAAACUUAUAUGUACUUUUGAUUAAUUGCUUGUCUUGUUAGGUGUUAACUACUUGUAUGUGAGGCCUCCCCAAUAAGGUCUUGUUAUUUUCUUUUGUGUAUCUUAGAAGUUGGAAAUGUAAUUCUUAUUUCUUAGUACAUGCUCAUGUUACUGCCGGUGAGUUUCUUCCUGCAGUAGGUACCUGGGUUUGAUUUCAUCUACUAGGGUAGUUGUUUACAUAAACGGAUUCUUUCUUCUGUAUAAUCUUUAUUCCUUGUGUCUUGUUAACUAUGGGCAAUAAGCACUAUUGCAUCAGAUGGUCUGGCCAGGUGUUAUUUUGCCAAUUGUUCAUCAAUCCGAGUAAGACGGAGCCCACCACUAUUGACUACCGGUAAAACUGGGCCAGAUUAUGUGAAGUCCCUGUCUUGCUAUGCUCAGCAUAGCAAGAAACGAUAAAGCUGAUGGUUGCAAAGCGAUUGAGUGAUGAAAUAUGAACAAGGUUAUUGCAUCCCUUGGCCCGCUCUGUGUUUUCAGUGCUCAAAUGACCGCAAAGUGGUUUGAUGUGGAUGCUGCAUUCCCAUCUUUACAUGGUGGCUUUGUUGGAUGGAAGAUCCAGUCAAUUUUAUUUGGCUCAACAGCAGAAAUUUUGUUGAGUUUUGGAUAACAUUGCAAUGUCCAUACCCAUUGCUGAUGGACGGUGUCUAUUUCAUGUCCUGACCGUGACAAGUUUCUCUUCUUGUUUCAACAAGAGCUCUCUGAUCCAUCAUGGCAUCACAAUUACAUAUUAUUCUCAGUCACUAUUGCCCUCCAUUCCUCGUGAAUUUUGCCCCACCUUCAUUUUCAGACUUGUCACAAUUCCGACCUCGAAGCUGAGGCUGCAGUUUAAAAUGGAGAAGGCACUCUUUAACAUUAUCCCAUGAUGUGACAUCCACCUUUCCCUGGCAUCUUUAGAUCCACCAUUGAAGGUUUUGCUUUUGUUUAUAUGGAUGAUGAAAGAGAUGCAAAGGAUGCUAUUCAGGGGCUUGACCGAAUAGAAUUUGGCAGAAAGGGACGGAGGCUUCGUGUUGAGUGGUCUAAGGAAGAACGGAGCAGGAAGCCUGAGGGUUCUAAAAAAUCUUCAUCAAGCUUCAGAGUUUCCAAGACCUUGUUUGUCAUAAAUUUUGAUCCAUAUAAUACUAGGACAAGGGAUCUGGAAAGGCACUUUGAUCCAUAUGGAAAAAUACUCAAUAUAAGGAUCCGAAGAAAUUUUGGAUUUAUUCAGUUUGAGACACAGGAGGAUGCCACUAGAGCCCUGGAUGCUACAAAUAUGAGUAAGCUGAUGGACCGAGUUAUCACUGUGGAGUAUGCAAUCAGAGAUGAUGAUGAUAGGAAAAAUGGAUAUGGUCCUGGUAAAACCUAUAAUCAAUCACCCAGAAGAGGUUAUGACCGUGGUCGAUCUCGUAGUCCACGUGGAAGAGAUAGGCUGAGUCCAGACUAUGGUCGUGGCCGAGAUCGGCCUAGUCCAGACUAUGGUCGUGGUCGAGAUCGGCCAAGUCCAGACUAUGGUCGUGGUCGAGAUAGGCCUAUUUCUGACUUCGAUCGCGGUAGAGAUCGGCCAAAUUCUGACUUUGGUCGUGGUAGAGAUCAGCUAAGUCCUGACUAUGGUCGUGGCCCUAGUCGAAGUCCUAAGCACAGGGAAGGGAAUUCUGAGUAUGGCCGUGGCCAUAGUCCAGCUGUAGGAAAGGAGAGAAAUCCUGGUCAUGGGAAUGUUCGUAGCCCUAGCCCUCGUAGGGAAAGAACAGGUCCAGGAAAUGGUCUUAUGAGCAGUCCACUGAACAUAAGUCCUGGUUAUGGUGAUGGACCCAGUCCUAGUGCUCAGAGGGAGAGGAGAGAUAAAUAUAGCCCGGAUGGUCAUAAUCGUGGCAGCAGCCCAGGUCCUAAACCUGAACCAGUAGGAAGUCCUGUACGUGAUGGUAGGGGAAGUUCAGAGUGAUGCAGGAGUCGUUCGCCUCCAGCUCGGGAAAGAUCGCGCUCCUGAUUUGCUUGAAGCUGUUUUUAUACUUGGAAGUAAUAUCUGUAGGAUGGUUAUGUUGAAAGUGGUGCUGUAGAAUUACACCUUGAAGUUGCUUGGAAUAUCAAAGUACGUAGCAUGUGGGUUUUAGAACCAAUGUAAUAUACCUUGGGAGAUGGUUUUUGCUCUUGGAAGUGAUUUAGAACUGGUACCGUGUAUCUGUGUUGUUUACUUGAUACACCCUUUUCCAUUGGAUACUGAUCUGGAUAAGACAUGGGCCGUGGAAGUGAUUUAGAACUGAUAGCGUGUAUCUGUGUGUUUACUUGAUACACCCUUUUCCAUUUGAUACUGAUCUGGUAAGACAUGGGCCAUAUAUAGUUUUUGCUGGUGGAAGUGAUUUAGAACUGCUACCGUGUAUCUGUGUUGUUUACCUGGUACACUCUUUUCCAUUUGAUACUGAUCUGGUAAGACUUGGGGGCCAUAUCAAUUCUUUCCUUGGCUUCAGCGACAAAUUUUGUGUCAAUGUGAUGAUCAAUGUAUUGUGCACUCAAGUAUGUGGCCUAGUGGUCAAUGAAGUAGUUGUUAGGUAUCUGGUGUUGGUGGGAGAUGUCAAAGUAUCCGGUGGAAUUAGUAAACUAAUCUUUAAUAUUGAUUAAGUAUGAGUUAAUAUACUACAGGACAAUUUUUAGAGUUUGCAAUAGUGAGUUUUGUUAUUGUAUUGUAGGUAGAUAUAUUAUUA